AGAGACUCCGAGCGUAGAAACAAUGAGAGGCCACUUGUAAUAUAUCAUCUCCGGAAACCCCAAUUUCAAGGCACUGAAGCACUAUGGCCGCAUUCAAGACGGUGAACCGGGUGAUGGACCUGCAGCUGGACUGGCUGGGCGUGGGAACUGUGCGUGUGACCAAAAUGCAGACACGUUGUCUGCUCGCUCUUCGCCAACAUCAAUUACGGGCCACACCUAAUAGGUGUACCGUUAUACGCCGAAGUUUUGGCACCGAUGUACUCAUACAUCCGGUUACCAGUUUAUCACAAGCGUAUUUGACUUUUGGCUCUGUCUUCCAAUCAAUCCCUUUGCCUGAAUUUCUGCCGCCGCAUGCUGCCGCUAUUAUUGCCGCUACGAUUGUGUUGAGGACGUGUGUCACUCUCCCUCUAACAAUAUGGUCAAGACGCCGGGUACGGCGUUUCAGAGACGAAGUCCUACCCAGAUUGAAAGACGCGAAACUUCAAUAUGCUCGAGAGUUUCGUGAACUGAAGAAGGAAAAGAAUGCGAAACUUGCUGAAGAACUGUUCCAUGACUUCAAGAGCCAAUAUCAACCGAAGUUAGCCGCUUAUUAUGCGCGAUUAGUGGAAUAUCAUAGUUGUUCUCCACUCAAAACCUUAUUAAUCCCGAUAGCAAUGCAUUUUCCAGUCUUCAUUGUUUCAAGCCUUGCGCUCCGAGAAGCAUCCGUUCCGCCGACGCCACUGUUAUACGAAACCUUCUUGAGCGAGGCUUCACUCGCCCAAUCAGAUACAUUCGGCUUCUUCCCGAUAGCUAUCGGAGUCACUUCACUGAUCAACUUUGAGGUUUCGCGUCGGUUUUUUUUCGCCCCUCCGUGGCGAACAGCCCAAAAUGACUCCCAUUGUCGAUAACGUUGUUCGUGGAGCAAGCUUGGUCGUGGUUGCUGCUGGAAUGAUGGCCCCAAAUUCGGUGACUUUAUACUGGCUUACCUCAAGCUUCUACACAUUGGGACAG